AUGUCUACUCCGGGAUAUAGGCUGGGUGUUGAUGUUGGUGGUUUAGUAUGCGUAAUCACGCCAAACGGCGAGGCCGUACGUACAAAGGUACCAACGAAUACGGAAGAUCAGUCCAUCGGAGUGCACAAUGGUGUUCAGCAGGCGCGGAAGAUACUAAAAGAGAAGUACAGCUGGGAAGGGAAGUUUGAGUACAUACAUCAUGGCACAACUACCGGCACCAAUGCGGUGCUUGAAGGAAAGGGCGCCAAAUGCGGUCUCGUAGUUACCAAAGGACAUAAAGAUAUGCUUUCUGUGCGACGAAGCCAGAUACCAGGAGGACUCGGUGCAUGGAUGAAUUAUGAGCAGCCUGAGCCUCUCGUACCCUUGGAACGUACGGUCGAGGUCAAGGAACGCAUCAAGAUUGAUGGCAGUGUCUUCUACGAACUUGAUGAGAAACAGUUCCGGGAAGAUCUGCAAGAUCUCAAGAGCCAGAACCCCCAAGCAAUUGCCGUUUCCCUAAUCAACUCUUUUGCCAACGGUGUGCACGAGGAGCGGAUAAAAGCCAUCUUGAGCGACGAGUUUGGACCGAAUGUUGAAAUCGUUACUUCGACGGACGUCUUACCGGAAAUCCAGGAGUAUGAGCGGACAGUCACAACCGCUGCAAAUGCCAUGGUCAAACCAGUGGUAAAGCGAUACAUGCAAAAUUUGCAGAAAAAGCUUGCGGAUGACACGGAUACAGUACGCAUUCUCAAAUCUGAUGGGGAUCUAACUUCAGUUCAGCUCGCUGGGGAGACACCAGUACGUAUCCUCAUGAGUGGACCGGCCGGUGGCGUCAAAGCCGUUUCGCAUCUGGUCGCGAAGAACACGCCUUACAAAAACCUCAUCACUCUCGAUAUGGGUGGGACAAGCACUGACUGCGCCCUACUUCCAGGGAGUGAUGCCAUUAUUCGUCGCGAAACAUCAGUUGGACAUCUAUCAGUGCGCGCGCCAUCGGUUGACGUUACCACUACAGGAGCUGGCGGAGGCUCUAUCGCGUUUUACAACGAUUUUACAAAGAGUUUGAGAGUAGGACCGGAGUCUAGUGGUGCUACCCCAGGACCUGCAGCUUAUGGCAAAGGUGGCAAGCAAGCUACGGUCACAGACGCAAACUUGGUCCUAGGUCGUCUCCCGUCAAAACUCCUGGGCGGCACGUUCAGUCUUGAUGUUGCGGCUUCAACUGCAGCAGUCAACUCAAUUGCUAAUCAGAUGGGUGUCGACUCCACAAUAGCAGCAGAGGGUAUCAUCGAUCUGGUAAAUGAGGCUAUGCAUGGAGCACUCCGCCUGGUAUCCGUAGAGCAGGGUUAUGAUCCACGGGAGUUCGCACUGGUAACUCUUGGAGGAGCAGGUCCCCUCCAUGGAAAUGCUCUCGGCAAGCUUCUCGGGUCUUGGCCUGUCAUAAUUCCUCCUUCUCCUGGCGUGCUUUGUGCACAGGGGGACGCUAUCACGAAGAUGUCUCACGAGGAAGGCUGCACAUACAUUCGAGUUUUCUCGGAAAUCUCCGAACAAGACCUUAGACAGACACUACAAGGUCUCAAAGAAAAUGGUGAAACCACGAUGAAAACCUCGCUUGCCAAUGACCAUGCCGCGCUGAAAGUCCAGUAUCAGACGGACAUGCGCUACAAGGGUCAAGCAAUGACUUUCACAGUCGACCUCAGUUCAAAGGAGCUUGAACAUUCACAAAAUCUUGUUAGUAUCCUGCGCAGUAGGUUCAAUGAAGCUCAUCAGCAUCGAUUUGGCUUCUCCAACCCGGAUGCUGAGAUUGAGACUAUGCGCUUGCGCGCCAAAGUCGUCGAUGCUUCCGAAGAGGUAACUUUCAAGCCGCUCGAGGCAGCUCAUACCACCGAACCUUCGCAAGAUGCCAUGGUCAUGAAGCAGGAAAUUAUGCAUGAAGGCCAAAAGGUGGAGGCUACAUUUUGGGAUCGUAUUAAACUUGGCGGCGCUGGUAAAAUUAUACAAGGUCCGGCCGUCAUCUCAGAGAUGGAUUCUAAUACCUUGAUCCUUCCUGGUUACUAUGGUGAAACCGACUCAAUGGGCAAUAUACUCAUCUGGCCGUCCGAGAAGAGCGCAAGCAAAAAGGCAGUGCACACCAAAGAGUCAGCCCAGGCAUUAGUGAAAGAGCAGCCUAUCAUCUCCACGCUCAUUGCUUCUGCUCUAUCAUCUAUUCGAAGAGAAAUGGAUAGUUGCAUGUUGACGACGGCGAUGAGUCCAGCUAUCAGGGACCAACAAGACGAGUUCAAUGUCAUCACCAACACGCGCGGCCAGAUGCUUGUCGGUCAAUUCGGGUCUUUCAUUACCCAGUUUUUGAAUGGUUGGGACGGCACUGUUGAAGAAGGAGAUGGUGAGUCACCUCUGAAACAGCUUUUCAUGUUCAAUCUUACUGAUAUGCAUUAA